CCAUGAGAAAGAGUCAACAAACAGAAGAGAUAAGAUGAUAGACUCCAGAUGGUGAAAGUUAGAACAAGAAGCAGAAAAAUAACAGAGAUACUUGUAAAAUGACUAAAAGCAUAAAGAAGGAAGAAAAAUAUGGGGAGAAAAACACAACACAAGAGAACAGAUGGACUCCAAAGAGAACUUCUAGAAAUAAGACUAGUCAUUGAAGAAGAUCAGAUCAAUGAAUGACAAUGAUCACAUUGAACAUUUAUGGAAUGAUUCCUAUGGCAGGUGUGUCCAGCCCUGCCUGGAAUUCAAGACCCAGUAUGGAAGGACAACCCUUGAUGUCUCAGUUGGUGAACCUCACCUAUCCAGAGAGAAAGAAGGGCUCCCUGUACCUGCUCUGCCACACAGAUGACCUGGGGUAACAACAGAGCACCUCCCAGUCUCCAGUGGUGAUGCCACUUGCUUUCCCACAGUCAAUGGAACAUCGAAGGCCAAGUUUUGACAAGGAGGACACUAAGCCCCAGAAAGAGUGAGGAUUUUAACCCAGGACACAGAACUUCACCUGCCAGCGAGUCUUCCAGAAGAGAAGAGAGGCCUGGCAGAAGUUUCUAGUCCCUAGGCUGGCCUGCAGAGCCCCUGUGCACAUGGUGUCUCUCAGAUGGACCAAGCCCUUGGUCACAGAUCCCGGGUACCUUAUACUUAUUCUCUUUUCUGUACAACAUGUAUAUGGAGGUGGGAAGAAAUACAUCGGUCCUUGUGGAGGAAGAGAUUGCUCCAUUUGCCAGUGCUUUCCUGAUAAGGGCUCUCGGGGUCAACCAGGACCACUAGGGCCACAGGGUCCAAUAGGGCCCUUGGGGCCCCCUGGGCCCAUUGGGAUUCCAGGAGAGAAAGGACUGAGAGGUGACGUUGGCCUUCCAGGAGCAGCAGGGGAGAAAGGAGAUAAGGGUCCAACUGGUGUUCCUGGAUUUCCAGGUUUGGAUGGUGUACCUGGUCACCCAGGGCCUCCUGGCUCCAGAGGCAAACCUGGCUUGAAUGGCUACAAUGGCUCAAGAGGUGAUCCAGGGUUCCCAGGAGAAAGAGGAGCUCCUGGCUUGGGAGGCCCCCCAGGCCUUCCUGGAGAAUAUGGAGAAAAAGGAGAUUCAGUGUUCAUUUUAGGUAUCAUUAAAGGUAUUCAGGGAGACAGAGGGGACCCAGGACCACCUGGCUUACCAGGACCUAGGGGUACAAGAGGACCAGCUGGCCCCAUGGGAUAUCCUGGAGCACCGGGGUUAGUGGGACUUCCGGGCCAUCCUGGGAAUCCAGGUUUGAAGGGCAAUCCUGGUGUAGGAGUGAAAGGUCAGAUGGGAGACCCGGGUGAGGUUGGCCAUCAAGGUUUUCCUGGACCCACCUUAUUGAUAGAGCCCCCUGAUUCUAGUCUCUUCAAAGGAGAAAAGGGUAUAAAAGGAAUUCGUGGAAUGACUGGAUUGCCAGGACCACCAGGACAUAAGGGAGAGCCUGGUAUUGGUGAAAAAGGAGAGAAGGGUAUUCCUGGAUUCCCAGGACCUCGGGGUGACCCUGGUUCCUACGGAUCUCCAGGUUUUCCAGGAUUAAAGGGAGAACAAGGACCAGUUGGAGAUCCUGGGCUAUUUGGAUUUCUUGGCCCAAAGGGGGAUCCUGGAGACCGUGGGUACCCUGGACCACCAGGUGUUUUGGUAACUCCGUCUCUUCCACUCAAAGGUCCUCCAGGGGACCCAGGGUUCCCUGGCCGCUAUGGAGAAAUGGGGGCUGUUGGACCACCUGGUCCCCCAGGUCAUCCUGGCAGACCAGGGGACACUUGUCCAGGCAUGGUGGGACCCCCUGGGCCACCGGGGUUUCCUGGUCCUCCUGGGUUUCCUGGGCUAGCUGGAAUUCCUGGGAGACCGGACUCUGCCCCAGGAAAGCCGGGGAGGCCAGGACUACCUGGCCAGGCUGGAGCUCCAGGGCUGCAGGGACCCCCAGGAUCAGAUGCCAUAUAUUGUAGUGCUGGGCACCCAGGACCGCCAGGAAUAAAGGGCAAAGUAGGUCCCCCAGGAGGAAGAGGCUCAAAAGGAGAAAAAGGAAAUGAAGGACUCUGUGCCUGCCAACCUGGUCCUGUGGGCCCGCCUGGCCCUCCAGGACUUCCUGGGAGGCAAGGGAGCAAAGGAGACUUAGGACUGCCUGGCUUUCUUGGAGAAAGAGGUGACCCAGGCCUUCCUGGUCCUGAAGGAUCUCCAGGGCCACCAGGAAAACCUGGUGCUUUGGGACGCCCUGGUGACAAAGGAGCCAAGGGUGACAUGGUUGUAUCCAGAGUUAAAGGGCACAAAGGAGAAAGAGGGCCUGAUGGGCCCCCAGGGUUUCCAGGAGAGCACGGACAACAUGGUCAGGAUGGACAUGCUGGAGAAAAGGGGGAUCCGGGACCCCGGGGGGAUCAUGAAGAUGCAGCCCCAGGUGGUAAAGGUUUUCCUGGACUACCAGGCUCCCCUGGGAAAGCAGGACCCGUGGGGCCUCCAGGACUCGGAUUUCCUGGUCCACCGGGAGAGAGAGGUCCACCAGGAGUUCCAGGCCACCCAGGUCUGAGGGGUCCCUCUGGCUUGAAGGGGCAGAAAGGUGACACCAUCCUUUGUAAUGUAACCUAUCCUGGGAGGCCAGGCUCUCCGGGUUUUGAUGGACCUCCAGGUCCGAAGGGAUUUCCAGGUCCUCCGGGGGCUCCUGGACCAAGGUGUCCGGAUGGGCAGAAAGGCCGACGGGGCAAACCAGGAAUACCAGAAAUACCAGGUCCACCUGGUUUUCGUGGUGACAUGGGUGAUCCAGGCUUGGGAGGUGAAAAGGGAUCCUCCCUUAUUGGGCCCCCGGGCCUUCCUGGGCCACCUGGAGUGAAAGGUCGGAAAGGAAUUCCUGGAGAUCCUGCAUUUGGCCCCCCAGGACCCCCUGGAGACAGAGGUCUUUCAGGAGUUCCAGGGAUGAAAGGAACCAAAGGCCAACCUGGAUGCCCAGGGGCAGAAGGGGUAGUUGGUGUUCCUGGACUCCCAGGUCUGAAAGGUCCCAAAGGCAGAGGAGGAAUUUCUGGAUUUCCAGGUAUCCCAGGGGAGCCUGGUCAUUCCUGUGAGAGAGGUGCACCAGGAAUUCCAGGCCAACCAGGACUUCCUGGGGCUCCAGGUAGUCCAGGUGCCCCAGGUUGGAAAGGGCAGCAAGGAGAUAUGGGGCCUCCUGGGCCAGCUGGAAUGAAAGGCCUCCCUGGGCUCCCAGGAUUGCCAGGGGCAGAUGGACUCCCAGGACCUCCAGGAAUCCCAGGACCCUUUGGGGAAGAUGGGCUGCCUGGUCUUCCAGGCCCAAAGGGACCCCAGGGGCUGCCUGGCUUCGUAGGUUUUCCCGGAGAGAGAGGAAAGCCAGGUCCUGAAGGACAACGUGGCAGAAAGGGAGAGACUGGAGACAAGGGCUGGCCUGGCUUCCCGGGAGAGCAGGGGGCAAGAGGUGUCAAAGGAGCAAGAGGACCUCCUGGAAAUGAAGGAGAGAUGGCCAUCAUUUCCCAAAAGGGGAAACCUGGUGAACCUGGGCCUCCUGGGGAUAAUGGCUUCCGAGGAGAGAGAGGUGAUACAGGAAGUCCUGGAAUGCAAGGGAGAAGAGGAGAGCCAGGAAGAUACGGCCCACCUGGAUUCCACAGAGGGGAGCCUGGUCCAAAUGGGCAGCAUGGGCUUCCUGGACCUCCUGGUCCUCCAGGCUCACCUGGCCUAAGAGGGAUCAUUGGCUUUCCAGGGUUUCCAGGAGAGCAGGGUGAGCCGGGCUAUCCAGGCCCCCCUGGAUUUUCAGGAAUUGAUGGAGCAAGAGGACCUAAAGGAAGCAAAGGUGAGCCUGCCAGCCAGCGUGGCCCACCUGGUCCUAAGGGUGACCCAGGCAGCCCUGGAUGUCAAGGACAUGUUGGAGCCCCUGGAGAUCAAGGCCUGCCUGGAGUUCAAGGACUGAAAGGACCACCAGGAAAGCCAGGCCUGCCUGGCUCUUUGGGACCACUAGGGUGUCCAGGUGAUCAGGGGAUGCCUGGGCAGAAGGGCCAUCCAGGAGAAAGGGGAGAGCCUGGGUCCACAGGUCUCCAGGGGGAUCCAGGGCUACCAGGACCUCCAGGAAUAAAAGGUCCUUCGGGGUCUCCUGGCCUGGACGGCUUGCAUGGUUUGAAGGGUCAGAAAGGAAGCAAAGGUACCUCAGGUUUACAUGAAAUGGGCCCACCCGGUCCAGUGGGACUCCCUGGGCUGAAAGGGGAGACAGGAGACCCUGGAAGCCCAGGAAUUUCUCCUCCUGGCCUUUUUGGUGAAAAAGGUCCCCCAGGUCCCCCAGGGAGACCCGGACCACCUGGUCCAGCAGGCGUUCCAGGAAGACCUCCUAAGGGUGACAUUCCUGACCCAGGUCCACCUGGAGAUCAGGGACCUCCUGGCCCUGAUGGUGCAAGAGGAGCACCCGGGCCUCCAGGGCCUCCUGGGAGUGUUGACUGCCUGAGAGGGGAACCAGGUGACUGUGGACUGCCGGGGCCACCGGGGCCACCAGGUCCCCCAGGCCCUCCAGGGUGCCAGGGUGUUCCAGGAUGUGAUGGAAAAGACAGCCAAAAAGGACCAAUGGGGUUUCCAGGGCCUCCAGGGCCACCUGGUCUUCUGGGGCCACCUGGAGAGAAGGGUUUACCUGGACCUCCAGGUAGAAAAGGGCCCACAGGUCCUCCAGGUCCCAGAGGUGAACCAGGGCCACCUGCAGAUGUGGAUGCCUGUCCCCGGAUCCCAGGGCUUCCUGGAGUGCCAGGCACAAGAGGACCAGAAGGAGCUGUGGGGCUCCCAGGACAGAGAGGCCCCCCGGGACUAGGGUGCAAAGGAGAACCUGGCCUGGAUGGCAGGAGGGGCAAUGAUGGUGUCCCUGGGCCUCCUGGACCUCCUGGACACAAAGGUGAUGCUGGAGAGGCUGGUUGCCCUGGAGCCCCAGGCCCUCCUGGUUCCCCUGGUGAUCCUGGGCCCAGAGGAGUUGGCCCUGGAUACCUCAGUGGCUUCCUCCUAGUACUCCACAGUCAGACAGCUCAAGAACCCUCCUGUCCUGUGGGCAUGCCCCAGCUCUGGACCGGGUAUAGUCUGUUAUACCUGGAAGGCCAAGAGAAAGCUCACAAUCAAGACCUUGGUCUGGCGGGGUCUUGCCUUCCGAUGUUUAGCACCCUGCCCUUUGCCUACUGCAACAUCCACCAAGUGUGCCACUACGCCCGGAGGAACGACAAGUCCUACUGGCUAGCCAGCGCAGCGCCCCUCCCCAUGAUGCCCCUCGCAGAGGAGGACAUCCGCCCGUACAUCAGCCGCUGUGCCGUGUGCGAGGCCCCCGCACAGGCGGUGGCGGUGCACAGCCAGGACCAGACCAUCCCCCCGUGUCCACGGGCCUGGAGGAGCCUCUGGAUCGGGUACUCCUUCCUGAUGCACACAGGAGCUGGGGACCAAGGAGGAGGGCAGGCCCUCAUGUCGCCUGGCAGCUGCCUGGAAGAUUUCAGAGCGGCACCGUUCCUUGAAUGCCAGGGCCGGCAGGGAACUUGCCACUUUUUCGCAAAUGAGUACAGCUUCUGGCUGACGUCGGUGAAACCAGACAUGCAGUUUUCCUCCGCCCCCUCACCAGACACCUUGAAAGAAGGCCAGGCCCAGCGCCAGAAAAUCAGCAGGUGCCAGGUCUGUGUGAAGUAUAGCUAGAGAAGGCGGAACUCACCAGCGUGUGCCAAGAGACACUUCGGAGGGAGCUCAGGCUUCCCAGGCUGUGCUAAGAGAUUCACUGGUGCUCAUUCUGGACCCCACUUCAUUUUCAGCUGUUCCCUGUCUCCAGGUGGUCAUUCCCAUAGUCCUCCAGGCCCUCCUCCCUCCUUCCUUACUGAUUAAGCAAAGGUUACAUGGUGGAUUUGUUUUUACCCACUAAUCUAGAUGAAGCCCACAUAUUCUUGCUUUGUUGGGGAUGGUGGAGUAUAGGCUUUAUUUGAAAAUAUGUGAAUCCCCUAAAAGGUGAGUGGAUGGUUAAAGCAAGAUUACAAAUUAUGCUACUGAAAAUUUCAUUCAUUGGUUAACAGCAUCUCAAACCAAUGAAGUCAAUUACUCUAUAAUAUAGUGGCUUUUGGAUGGAUUUUACAGGAAAAAAAACAGGGCAACAAAUGAAACCAGAAAGUAGAGAUUUUCAACAUUUCAAAAAUGAUUUCCUCUGUAAUCUAUUUUUUUCCACGCACUUUAAAUAAUCAUAAAACCAUGAUGACCCAAAGAGAUUAAAAAAAAUAGAAAGAAAGAAAAAGAAAAAAAAAUAAUCCACACUGCCAGCAUUAACAGUUCAUUUCAAAGCAGAAUGAAUCACUGUGCCAGGAAGGCCCACAGUCGCUGUAUUCUAGAGCUGCGACAUUAGCAUAAACACAUCACAGAUGAAUAUAAAAACAUUAUGUUCUCUUCUGCAUUUUUCAGAGAAUGGAAAUGCCUACUUUGGCAACCCUUUUGAAAAGUAGCAAUUAUGGAAAAAAAUAUAUUCAAUAAGGGAUUAGGAGCCUAAAAGCUAUUAAUGAAUAUUAAAGUAGUGAUUCACAAAAAUUGACUCUCCAUUGCAGUGAGCUCCCAAACAGACCGCUUUUCCCCAGUCGGGGUCCUCAGUGCUAAUGGGACUGAAGCCACAUGGGGCUUACUCAGGCGGGCACAGGGUUUCUAUAAAGCAUCUCUCUCCCGCCCCAGGAAAACCUGCAGAGCUUCCUUACAGCUCACAAUGGACACUUUCUCUCCACAUACAUAAUGCCAGCUCACUUGGGGACAUGACAGGGCUAUCAUUAUGCACUUGGGAGUAAAUUAAGGGCCGACUUAAUUAAGCUUAGGUAAGAAAAUUCAUUUAAGGGUCACCCCCCCCCCCAGGAAGGUAUGGACAAUCUUUAAAAGAAACAAAGAUGAUCUACAACUUGAAUUUUAUAUUCCUGUGAUUUGUGUUUACAGGAACAUCCCAAUUUGCCAAUUUUAAAAACAUACCUUUUAUGAGUAUUGUACCGAGGCAGUCAUUUGACAUUUGGCAUCGGUAAUUUUUAUAAAAGUUUAGAAGCUAUGUCACUUUCAAAUAGGAAAAGGUCUGUUUUCUAUUUUGCCAUGAAUCUGAUGGUCUAAUCCUACAAAACAGAAGAUUUGUUAGAAAAGAUUUUCAGAAAACUGAUCUUCCUCACAGUGUCGUUUAGGAGAAAACUGAAGGAACUUUUCAUGAAAGUAACAUCCAUAUUAGUGCUUACUUUCAGUGUGCUUUAGAAUAAUUGAGAGAAAACUCAAUUAAAAUUUUGUUUAUAACAAAUGUUUUCCUUGCCAAACUUUGGUUAGUAAUGAGUUCUUCUCUGUAGAAUAGAUUUUAAAUGUGUUUUCUAUGGGCUGCCUGUGGGAGGGCAAUCUAUUUUAAGGGUACACUCUGCUAAAAAGAUAAAUGUAUAUUUUAAGAUGAAAUUUUUUAUUGAUGUAACAAAACAUUCCUAGCUAAUUUGCCCCCCUUUUAACCAUGCUAUGCAUGUUAAAAAUGUCUGGGUAGCUCAAAUUUAAGCCUAUUAGAGGUAAGGGUGAAAAAUGGAACAUCAGAAUUGUAUCUUGUUUGCUAAAUUAUUUUAAAUCCUUUAACUCCGGUAUUAUAAUAUUAUCUUAGCAAACUUUAAAACAUGUAAAACAAACAAUACAACACAACAAACACUAGACUGCAUUAAGUGGACUUUCCUCCACAGUGUGUCUGGGACAGUGAGUAUAAGGUAGUUCAGAAUACUGACAUCACAGGAGUCCUCUCUAAAUAUAGCCCAAAUGCUGCCCUCCUGGCUUUCAAGUAUUUUAAAUGGUCAAAUUGGCAGAAUAGGAAAAAUAAUAUUUAUUUUAAGCCAUUAUUUUUUCACCUGGUUAUAUAUCAAUGUACUUUAAAUUACCCUUUCUCUUGAAAGCCAUGAAUUUGUUCUAAUCCAUCACUGGUAAAUGAUCCUUAUCAAAAUCUCUCUCCCCCUAACUGGUUGGACUGUACCUUGAUUGCCUAGUGCUCUGAGGCUCAUGCUGGAGGACUAAGAUGCUUCUUCCCUCUGGAUCCUUAUUCUGGGAAGGACACCAGGUGGUCCUCCAUGCUGCAUGAGGCGCGUUCCUUCUGCUCUCCAACUCCCCAGGCUGCACCUGAGUCAUCUUCCUCUGGAUUGCUGCCUCCUCUCCAGCCUCUUUGUACCUAACGAGACUCUCCAACUACCCUCUUGCAGUAGACAUCUUCCAACCAGUUCCUCCAGUUUCAAAUCUCAGUUGUCAUCUAAGUUCCAUCCAAACUUGGUUUUGUUAUCUUUUGGCUUAAAACCCUUCAAUGACUGCAUUGCCCAUGUCCAAAUGACUUCACAAUGGGUGAGAGGUCCAGCAUGAACUGUCCAUGGCUUACACCUGGGACUAUCUCUUGCCACCAUGAAUUGCACACCGUUCUGCAAACUCUCGCAGUACCUCUGUGCCUUUGGUUCUUUCUCUUACACCAGACACAUCUUCCCUCUGGUCUACUGACUUGGCAGAUGCCUACAUAUCUUUCAAGACUAAAUUAGGGGCAUGCAUGUGAAUUCCCUCAAGGAGAUUUGGACUCUCUUCAGCUGCCACCAAUACAAUUAGUGGGGCUGGCCUCUCUUUCUGUUUCCCCAGUACUUCUCUAAGGUCUCAGCACAUGUCCUUCAUUCCCUAACUAAAAUCUAAGCCUCCGGAGGGCAGGGACCACACUUCAUUUGUCCAGUGCUAGCAGAACUGAGCAUACUGUUGCCAACACUUUUAUUCAAUGAUAAUUCUACAAGCCUCAUUAGGCAUUAGAUUUUCAGGUCUGCAUAUAAGGUCCUCAGUGGUAAAAUGGUAAAUAAGCUAUUUCUUACUUCAAAAUAUCAGAAUGUUAUACAUUCUGCACACCCACAAUCUCCUAUUACAACUCCUGCAGAAAGACAAUUAAGUUUUAGUCAUCACUUUUCCCCUCAAAAAUAAUUUUUUAAUAUAAAAUGAAAUUUCAGAAAUGAUGAGAUUUAAAAGACUUGGCUUAGAGAAGACCCUUCAUGGUACUGUGCCAUGACAGUUCAUACUGUAACCACUAUUCCCUCUUGAUUUAAGAGCUUCCUAGCAAAAGUAUGCCUCUACAAAAUUUGUGUGUAUGUAAUGGUGCUUAGAAAAAUAGCCAGUGGAAUGGUCCAUGAAAUUUAAGAUUUUUAUCAAAGAUUUUAUUUGGAGCCUAUUGUAGAUUAGCAAACCAUCUGUGUUCCAGGAAAUUAUAUUAGAUUUGUGUUUUAUCAGCUCACUGUAAUAAUUUGACAAUUGUAACUUUUACUUGGUUCAGCUGCAAGAAUGGUGGGAAAAUGACUUUAGAGUCGGUUGUACGCAGAUCUUGAUCCAGCUCCAUCUCUAUCCAGCUGGUUCACCUGGGCCAGUUCCACAACUCCCUCAACCUCACUUCCCUCAUUUAUCUAAUAGGAUGAUAGGACAUAAUACCUACUCUUGUGUUGAAAGUUAAAGUUAGAUUAUCUCUCUCACAAAUAGCUAUCAUCAUGCAUUGAUUAUGGCCACAUCUUUUAUUUAAUUAUUCAAUGUGAAAAAUAUUCCUUGGGUUUUUUUUUUAACACACAAUAGAGAGCUAUGAUUCUCAAAAGGCAUAUAAAUUACUGAUUAGAAUUAUUAUACCUGGUCAAUUCUUAAUGUUUUGGAGAAUGCUAUUUUAUUUAUAUCCUCAAAAUUACUGUACCAAACACACACACACACAAUCAUAAUUUCCUGCAGGGACAUUACUGGUAAGUUCUGUGGGGAACAAACAAUUGACGUUAAAGAUCAGUACUGUGUAAUUGUCACUGUUAUUAUCUGCCAGAAACUCUGCAUAAUGCAUUUUAAACCACCAAGGCUGGCUGCCACAUUUGUGUGAAAUGCUUGAAUUUUAUGGUGCUUAAAUAUUUAAAGAUUUAUGGAAAAAAAUGUGAAACAUAGCUAAUAAAUUGCAUUCCUCUCUCUAACCUAGAGUUGUAAAGCUACAAGUAACUUGAACAAGUAACUUCUGCAAGAUGCCUGACUUGCCAUUGACACUUAAGUCUUUGCUGUAUUACCACUUAUAUAUAAUAUGGUUCCUUAUACAUAAAGUUCUGUAGUGGCUUCCCUAAAUAAUUGUGUUUCAUUUGAAUUAAUUUUCUUUCAAGCCAAAGUGGGUUUACUUUGUUUAACCUACUUCAUAAUGGGUCCCACCCUUUGAAAUGGCAUAGUGGGGACAAUAAGGAAUGUUCCUUGGUGCAUGUGAAUUGAAAAGGGAAGAACAGAGGCUUGAAUGGAUGGGAUUCUGAGGCUCUGUGAAGCACAGUUCUGCACCCAGUGAAGGAAACAAAAAAACAAAAACAGGCCUGAGGGCAGAAAGGCUGCAUCUACACCCGUUGAGUUGCCUGAACAGUGUGUGGCUCAGACAUUUCUGGGCCUCAGUUGUCUCAUUAAUUGAGCAAGAAUGAAACCACUUGCUUCACAAGGUUAUUCUGCAGGAUUAAAGGUAUGUGAGUCAGCUAUAGAAAUAUGAAAUGUAACCUGUAGCCCUGAGUUGCUGGGCUUGUGGAUAAGUGGAGUAGAGGUGAUCAAUAAGUUUCUUGGACUUAGUCUUUUAAAUGCAAGGGAACUUCAAUGAUAUUUGGUUAAAACUCUUACCUGAUGGGAAAAUAAGGAUAUUUAACAUUUCUUGUGCACCUACGACGUAACAGAAACCAUAUAAACCCUACCAUAUGUGCUCCCUCAAUGCCACAAAUAUCCUACUUUACCUCUAAGGAAACUGUUUUAGAAUUAAUAACCUGCUCAAGGUCAUACAGUUAGUACCUAGAACUUGAACCCACUCUGCCUGUUGCUAUAGACAGUGCUCUCACUCAUGACACCAUUACCUCUUAGGAACUUUCUCUACUUCUGGAUAGGUUAGAAAAUAGUGAUCCCAGUUGGUGGGGAGGCCAGAGAGCAGGCUCUGCUGUGCACAAAUGGUGUGGGGUCAAAAGCCUGGGUGGAGCCCUGUUAUCCAGGCUAAGGACUCCCACUUUUAUCUUUGGCAACCAACAGACAAUAAAAGGCAUCUGAGAUGAUGAGUGGCAUUGCAAAAGAGUGGUUUUUGGAAGCCUAGAUGGAUAGCCUGGUGGAGAAUGAGUGAAGACUUUGAAGCACUGAGCAGAGUAAUGACUUGAAAGAUUUUAAGGUCCUCCUGAGAGUCUGUGGUUUGAAAAUGAAAUAUUAGGGGCCCCAAAAAUUUAAAUAGAAAGAAAAUUAGGAAAUGACUGUAGUGAGCCACAGGAAGGGAAAGGAAGAAAUGAUAAGCUUUUUUAAAUGACUAAUUGAAUAUUUUAGCUAUUGAAUAAUCAAUCUCUGGAGAGAAACUAAAACUGGGAACAAGGAUGCAAGGUCUUCCCCCACCCCAACCCCACCUUCUGGUCCUGUGUGUGGAGGGGUCACCUCAUUCCCUUAGCUUACUCCCCAGGCAGCAGAACAUGUGCCAAAUACGUAGACUGGCCCUAGUGCUACCAAAAGUAGUUAAUUUCUUCUCAGCUUCACCAGCAGGCAUUUAUAAAGACGGAGGAGAGUUGAACAUUACUAUGCACAACUGUGGAAUCUCAGGCAAUGAAUUUCAACUGGUGAACAGGAAGUGAUUCUAACUACUUCCUCUUGAGAACCAAGGAAAGAGUCCAAAUUAAAAGGUCUCUUAAGUUUACUUACCACAACAAACUGUGGGAACUGGGUGUGUAACAAGUGAUCAGGAAACUAUGAUUAAAGAAAGAAACCAAAUUAAAGAAUCAGCUCUUAAAGUACAUUCCCUAUUAUUAAAGAUACUUUGUUUAAGGCAUUGCCUUUAUCUGUCUUUUCUAACCCAGUUCCGUUUGUUGGCAUAACUUUGGGGGUUCCUUAAUGUAGAGGAAAAAACAAUGAUACCCCUCCCCCAAAUCGACACUGAAGACAGUAAGCGCUGGUUAUAGGCAAGCCCAUUAACUGAAAAACAUAAUUAUAAUAAUUUCCAGAACAUCUUUAUUUUGUGCAAAAAUAGAUGGUUUAUAUUUAUUACUAAAAGACCUUUCCCACAUCUCCGAAUGUUUGGUAAUCUUCCACUCCAUAACUAAAGAAAGCAUGCAUAUUAUAUCUAUACCACCCCAAAUCUAAUUCCAGUGUUUUAGUAUCUGACAAAUCACAUAGAGUGAGGUGGUACUACUAUUGAACUCCAGCAACAAAAACAUAGCCAGAAAGCCUUUUAAAGAAACUGGAAAAACACUUUGGUGGGAAACUAACUUUUAAUAAGCCCCUACCUACCACAAGCCUCGGGCUGGUUGAGGUGGGACACAGGGAGAAUGCAGAAAGGUAAAUAAAACACGGGUGUCGUUCCAGGGUCAGUCACAACCCUCACUCCCUGUGGAAGGCACAUUGUGUUACAGCAUAAUUUCUAUGUGUAUGAAAAUAUGGCAUGUAAGAAAGAGGUUACUUCUUCUAGAAGUCAAAUUUAUAGAGUUGGAAGAUAAUAAUAAUUUAGCUUUUGAACAUUUUAAUAUAAAUAUUAUUUAAAGCUACCAGACUUGGAUACAAUUUAUAUUAUCAACAAGCUGUAGUUUUACAUCAGUGAUACAUUGAAUCAAGGAGCUUGGGUGUCACUGUGCCAGCUGGUGGCAGGGUCGGAGAGUUCCCUGGACCCAUGUGGUUUUCUUAGCUCCUUUAUAUGUAGGUGUCAAGAUCUCUUCCAGGUAUACACAGAUUAGGAACUGCAUAAAAAACUGCAUAGCCAGUGUGCUGCAAAAUUUGUGAAAUGUACAAAAACAAAAAUCGAGAAGGCAUUUCCCCAAAAUAUUAACCCUGGUUACCUCUGAAUGAUGGGUAUACAGGUGAUUUUAAAAUUGUGUAUGUAUUUAUUUGUAUUACUGUUUUAUCCUGUGAGUUUUCUUAGUGGAUGCAUAGUAUUUUACAUCUGUUUUACUGGUUAUGUAUUUCUUGAUUUAUUAUAUAAAUUGGUUCUCCUGACUGCAGUACCCGCCACACUCUUAAAAUAUUAGCAAUAUAAAAUUGUAAAAGGAAAGCAAAAUCACAUGUACUCCACCCCUCAAAAAUAACCUGUUGGGGCUGGGGAUGUGGCUCAAGUGGAAACACGCUCGCCUGGCAUGCGCGGGGAGCUGGAUUCGAUCCUUAGCACCACAUAAAAAUAAAAUAAAGAUGUUGUGUCCACAGAAAACUGAAAAAUAAAUUAAAAAAACCAUUCUCUCUCUCUUUAAAAAAAACUGUUAACACUUAGUAUUAUUUCAUUCUAAAUGUUUGCUUUAUGCAUAUAGAAGGCAUAUUUAUUAUUUUCAUAGUCAGAAAACUAUUAUAAAUGACAGAUAAGUCAAAAGAGGAAGAUUUUUGACUACUUCUAAGUCUCUUUAAAAAUAAAUAGCUCCAUGACAAUUCAA